GCAGGCAUCAUGUGGACGCUUAAACUUCUUCGUUUUGAUCAGGUUCCAUCCGAUUUUCGGGAGCCGUUCAUCAUCUCGGGAUACCGAUCCUGUCAAAACAGCGCAUCAUCCUGCCUGGCCAGCGCGCUCCAACGCACCAACGAAACAAUCAACUUCUGGACUCAUUUCAUUCCCGCCAUCAUCUUCCUUCGCCUGACAUGGAUGGUCGCCGUCACCGAUCAGGGUUUCGCCCACGAUCCCUCAAUGUGGCCCGUUAUUGUUUUCCUAUUCGGUACCUUUUGUUACACGAUGGCCAGCUCCGUUGCCCAUAUGUUCAAUAGCAUGUCCCAGUGUGCUAGACACACAUUUUUCUUCAUAGACUAUGUUGGGAUUAGUAUGUACAGUCUUGGUGUUUGUAUAGCUUGCUAUGCCUACUCAUUUCCACCGGAGUUGAUAGACACGGCUCUUUACCAUGUAUACAUCCCUGUUGCUAUGGUAACGGCCUUCGGAAGUACUUACCUGGCAUGUUGUAGCCGGUUUUCCACCUGGGCUCCCCUCCGAGAUGGCGGCCGUCUGCCAGCGUUUGCUAUACCUUACAUCUGGUGCAAAAUUCCAUUAGUCUAUCGCCUCAUCUAUUGCGAGUCAACGGGGUGCGACAGUGAUGCUCUUUACUUCCAAAUGUGGCAAUUUUAUUUCAUAUUCGGGAUCUCAUUACUCUACUCCACGAGAUUCCCGGAGGUCAUAGCCCCUGGGAGGUUCGACUUCAUUGGCCACAGUCAUCAGUUCUUCCACAUCGGGAGUAGUCUCGCCAGCUACUGCCAUUACCUCGCCUUUCUCGCGGAGUUGGAGGAGCGCCCAGAUUUCAUUGAGCAGCACGGCAUGCCGACAUUCGUGUCAACCUUUGGUGUUUUUCUCGCCGUGCUUGUCGGGAAUGUCGCCAUCGUAUGGGUUCUGUCGCUAUGGGUGGUUAGGAUGAAGUCGUCAUCAAAAGCGACAAUAUACUCAGAUUGAUGUUAGAUUGAUGUUUAGAUUCAAUAUGCUACCGUCGGACCGUGUGUUUCAACAUGUGAGAUGUAAAAAAAAGAAGAUUUCAAGCAAGCCCGAGGGGAUCUUUUCAUCGACAUUCGUCUUCCGACAAGUUGCUAGAGUUGACAGCUUGAUUUCCUGUAUUUUGAUUGGCUGAGAAGUAAUGAUAACAUGUCGGAUAAAAGACACGAAUUUGUGGAAUAAAACACCCGGCAAGACCUUUCAUGAAAUGCUCCCCAUGGGGAUGAGGGGAGAAGAAGGGAGCUGGUUGCACAAAUCCUACUUUGACAGCAACAAAAAUAAGUUUCAAAUGCGCACUCCAGUGGAGUGUUUCAUGAAAAGACUUGUCAGACGUUUUAUCCGACAAGUUCUGUUUUAUCCAAGAGUUACUAUAGUAACAG